AUGGGUGUUUUCGUCUUAGAGAUCGCCGGAGAGUUAACUUUUCGACAAAAAGCAGUCGCCUUUGUUUCAGCCCUGACGCCAGCAGUGGAGACCAUAGACAGACGGGAGGCGGGGUCCUAUCCAUUACAAUGUCGCCACACUCGAACAAGAGUACCAUUUACACUACCCCCUCCCCGCACGACCAGUGGGCGUGUCGUUCUUGCGAGGCACCCGUGCGCGCUCCGCACGGCGCACCCCCCCUCCAAGCUGGCCGCCAGCGCCCUCGCCGCCAUGAACCCGCACUACCAUCCGUACGGGGGCGGGCCGGAGCUGACGUCACCGCACCCGCCGUCCCCCGACAGCGGCUACCACGGCCACCAGGGGGCGCCGAUGUCGAAUCACGGGAGGAUGCAUCCCGCCAACGGACACCCCAUCGGCACCAUAGCACCCGGCGUUCGCGGGGGGUGCGCCCCCGCCCUCGGCCAGCCCCCACCAUCCCCACCACCCCCAGUCAAUCACGAACAACAACAACAACAAUAA